GGAUGUCGGCUCACUGUUGUAGAGCUUAAGUGUUCGCACACGAGACUGAAGAUUCUGGAUUCGAGUGUCGCGUGUGGGAUCGUGGAUGAGUAUUGUUCAGGAGUCUCAUAUUAGAACAAAAUGAGCUUCUAAUGCUUCCAGCUUUUAAAUGGUGGUCUAGAUUGGAUUGGCUGAUGAAUCUAACUGUUAAUUAUAUUGUAAACUUUGCGAAUCCCCUUACUUAUACCUAAUUAUACUACUUAAUAUCUAAGAAAUAAAGCACUGAUCUAUAUUUCUGUAGAUCAGUAUUACGCAACUAUCUCAACAAGUAAUCAUUUGUAAAUACUUCAUCAUUAUCUCAUGUUUUAUUAUUUUGCAUUUGGAAGUAAUUUAUUAAAAGAACGUAUACAAUUAUCAAAUAAAUCUGCUCAAUAUAUUGGUAUUGGAGUAUUAGAAGAUUAUUUUUUAUCCUUUGGCGGAUUAAGUAAUAAUUGGUUUGGAGCUACUGCAACAAUUAAACCAUCACCUUCUGAAUAUGUUAUGGGUACUGUAUGGAAAAUGUGUAUGAAUGAUAUGAAAACAUUAGAUUUACAAGAAUCUGCUCCUAUAAUGUAUCGUCCAAUUGAAAUACCAAUUAAUCUUUUCUCUGAAAAAUCUUCAAUUAUUAAUUGUAGAAGUUAUAUAUUAAAUUCAUCUGAAUCCGGAGAUCCAUCUCCAUAUUAUUUAGAUAUAAUAAUUCGUGGAGCUAUUCAAUCUCAACUUCCUCAAUCAUAUAUUGAUCAAUUAAAGAAAAUUAAACAUAAUGGAUAUUUAGGAAAAUGCAAUCUGUAUAUGAAUAUUCUUAACAAUAUACCAAUAUCUGAGCGUUAUAUGUACCAUAUAGCAGAUCUAAAUAGAUUACAAUUAGAAUAAAUAU